AUGUUCUUCCGUUCCGUCUCCAAAGCCGCUGCUCGCAGCUCGGCCCUGCCCACCACCGCCCUGCGCUCCUACCGCACGGCGUCGGCCCCAAUGGCUUGCCUGAAUGCCCGUCCGCAGGCGGAGAAGAAGGCUGUCGCUCCUCAGCAGGCCCGCGCCGCCUCCGACCACGCCAUCGCCAAUCCCACACUUGCCGGUAUCGAGAAGCGCUGGGAGGCCAUGCCCCCCCAGGAGCAGGCCGAGCUGUGGAUGCAGCUGCGUGAUCGCAUGAAGGUCGACUGGCACCAGAUGACUCUCCAGGAGAAGAAGGCCGGGCGAGGGUCUGCGUAUCUUCGUCAAGGUCGCCCAGCUCACGGCCGUCUCGGUCGCUCUCUUCUACGCCAUCCACCUGUUCGCCAAGCCCCAGCCCAAGACCAUGUCCAAGGAGUGGCAGGAGGCCUCCAACGAAUACGCUCUGGUAUGUUCAGUGAUCUUCAGCUCGAAGAUACUUCAUAUACUAACGGGUUCUCUCUGCAGCGUGAGAAGAUCAACCCUAUCUACGGCAUCAGUGCCGAGGGCUACGAGGGCAAGGGCUUUGUCCAGAGCCCUCCUGCCGAGAAGCAGUAG